AUCAAUAUCUAUUUGCAAUCCUCACCAAGUUCGCAACGAAAUCCUUUUCCUUUUAACAUAGUUUUGAAUCUUUUUUGCGUGGGAUUAUUGAAUCAAAUCCGAGCCGAAGGGUUGAACCGAGCAUACCACAUUGCUACACCUAAAACAAUGCUGUUGUCAUUUUUCUCUGGAAAAUUUAAAGUGGUAUCAACAAAAAAAGGAAUUCGAGAAGGAUAACUGAUUUGUUGUUGCAGACACACGGUUGGCAUUGCUGAUUGGAACAAGGACUCAAGGACUUUACAACAUGGGAAUUUUCGAUAAGCUUGCAGGCAUUUUAAAGCUGAAGAAGGAGCAAAUUAAUAUUUUAGUGGUUGGUUUGAAUAAUAGUGGAAAAUCGACAAUUGUUAACCAUUUUAAGAAUCCUGAAGAAAGAAAUAAUACUAUUGUGCCAACAGUUGGAUUUACAGUGGAACGAUUUCAGAAUCAAGGAGUCUUUUUUACAGCCUUCGAUAUGUCUGGGGCUGGUCGAUAUCGAAGCUUGUGGGAACACCACUUCAAAUCAUGUCAUGGGAUUGUAUUCGUAAUUGACUCGAGCGAUAGGAUGAGAUUAGGUAAGGAGGAAUCUUUUGUGGUCGUGAAAGAUGAAUUGGAGAUUUUAUUGCAGCAUCCAGACAUUGCCUUUCGUAAAAUUCCCAUUUUAUUUUUUGCCAACAAAAUGGAUUGUGAGGAUGCUUUGUCCUGCGUGAAAAUAGCUGCAGCCUUGGGCCUGGAGAAAAUCGACGAGAAGCCAUGGCAUAUCAGCUCAAGUAACGCGUUAACCGGACAAGGAUUGGAGGACGGCGUUCAAUGGCUAAUUGAGCAAGUUCGUGUUUGCGUAGUGGAUUCUAAGAGACGGAAAGCAUCGACGUAAUUGGUUAAUAAUUAACGACUAAGUGCUUGGAUAAACAAAGAAGCAAUGUACAAGUGUUAGGGUUGAUUCGUCUCGCGAUAAAUACCAAUUUAUACUUGAGCUUAAUUAUAGAAUAUAGAUAUUUGCUAUAGUUCAAACUGAA